GGACCGCAUCCCGGAGCUGCCUCAAGCAGCUAGCUCUUUAUUCAGACGUAACCAUUUCUUAUUUGGUUAUUACACCAAAGAGAGUAUCUCGGAGCUUCGCUUUCGAGGUUACUCCACAGCCUCGGCUGGAAAUCUGAGUCUGAAUCGGGAGGCAAGACAUCUCAGAGAGGCUGCCGACACCACGGAGAAAGUGACGGACGGAGCAGAGCCUGAUCACCGGGAUUUUACAUUGCAUCAGUUUAGGAUAUUUCAGGCAGCUGCUUUGGCCCAGCCUUGAUUUCUUUCAGGGUACCUUCACACAAUAUUGCCUAGAUAAUAUUACUAACAUUAGCAUGAUAUUUUUCACCUAAGGUCGUCCGUAGUGAGCAGGCGGACCACUUUAAACCCGUGCGUAACAGCGGUGGAUUUUGGAAUACUGCGUAGCAGUUCAACCAUCCAGUCUGUCGAUUAUCAGCGCUGUUUUUUGGAGGAAUCUACAAGCGACAAGAAGAGCAACCAGGACCUUUUUUACUUUGCUCCGGAGGCUAAACGUCAAAAACACGAAGCGCACUUGGUGCGCAAUCCUUCCGAGGACGCUCCUGAAAUUGCCGACCUGCGCUUUUGCCCUCGACAAAAAUUGGCAGCCGAGUCGAGAAAAAAGGCAAAGCUUAUUAACUUUGCAUGCUAGAGGCUAGAGUGUGGAAUCUAAUUCGCAGGGUUACCGGUAUAUUUGCAUACCAUCGGAAGAGGAGGAUAAACUUAAUCAACAUUUGACAUCGACAAAGCGGCUGCUGGAUUUUGGAGAACAGAAUGAAUCCUUUUUAAUUUGGACCGCAGAAGUAUGAGGCAGAUUGCUCAGUGAAUGCUACAAUCUGCAUGGAGUUCUAGUCUGCACUACGGAGCAAUUUAUGGUUGGCCGCAGAACUCCCCCGGCUGUAGUACUGUGCCCACCUCGCCAUGCUGGCCUGUCUGCAGAGGAGGCAAAACCCUCCACCCCAGCACCCGGUGUGUGCCAGCAAGACCCUGGAGCUCCCGCAAACCCUUGGACGGAAAUGUGAGCUGGUGGUGCCCACACAUUCCCCACGCUACCCCACUGCGGCAGAACUUGAUGCCUACGCUCAGAAGACGGCCAACAGCCCUCUGUCCAUCAAGAUCUUUCCCACUAACAUCAGGGUUCCCCAGCACAAGCACCUUAAUCGGACUGUGAAUGGAUACGACACCACAGGGCAACGCUAUAGCCCCUACCCACAUCUCCACACAGGGGGCUACCAGGGCCUGCUCGCCAUCGUCAAGGCCUCCUCAUCGUCAUCAUCAUCAACAGCCACCUUUGUCCCUUCAAAAGGUGUUCUCAAGAACUCAGAAGGCAGACGGACUAAGCUUUCUCCAGCCCAUAUAGCUGUUGCCCCGUACCCUCCUCCUAGUAGUAGCACUUUAGCCAGUGGCCACGGCCAAAUGGUAUACCACACUGGGCCCUCAAAGCCUCCAGAAGGCCCCGUACUGUCGGUUCCCCCAAACGUCACUGUAGCUGGCUCAGUGAUACCUGUAACAGGGGGCCGAGGCCUGGCCCUGCCCGCACAGUCCAACCUCCCCUCCAUCCAGAGCAUCAUCUAUCAGAUCAACCAGCAUUGCCAGGCCCAGGCUCUGCAGCAGGUGUGCCAAGGGACUGCGACCGCACCGUCAAAUUCCAGCCCCUCCAAGCAGGGCACGGCCGUCAUGGGGGUCUCUUCUAGCUCCUCAGGGGGAGGCUACGUGGUUGGAAUGGGUCCCCAGGCGAAUAUGGUGUACGCAGGGCCCGGGCUGCCGGCUCAAAAUGCAGAAGCGAUGAAGACUGGUGUGUACGCAGAUGGUAUGGACUACAUCCUUUGGCAGAAGCAGCAACAGCAACAACAACAGCAGCAGCAGCAGCAUCAACAAGCUGUGCUCCGCAUGUACAGCGGAGGUAGCGGAGGAGGGGGCGCCAUCAGCAAGUCCCCCGAAACUUGUGUUCCAGGGGGAGGGAUUAUGGCAGCGCAAGUGUCCUCCUCUUCCUCCAGACCUUACCACCUGACAGCGAGUGCCAGCGGAGGAGGCGGGAUGGACAAAAUCAGCUCUUCUCCUUUGAACUGUGUCGGUAUGCACGGGAAUUUUUCAGUGGGUCAGUAUUUUGCCCCGCCGUGGAACAGUGUGCUGGUGACACCUGACAGUGACUGCUACAACCCACAGGAGCUUUUGGGCACCUCCACAGGAGGGCCGGCCACAGGGCACAGAGAGAUGGGCUACCCCCACCACCAUCACCACUACCACCAUCAUCAUCACCCUGCUAUAGACAGCGGGGGAGGUUUGUGCUGCAGCCUGCCCAGCAAGAGCUUGUGCAACACAUCAGUGCUGAGCAGCAGCUUGCAGUCUCUGGAGUACCUGAUCAACGACAUCCACCCACCCUGCAUCAAGGAGCAGAUGCUUGGCAAAGGCUACGAGACUGUGUCUGUGCCACGUCUGUUAGACCACCAGCAUGCACACAUCCGCCUCCCUGUUUACAGAUAGAGGAGGAAGAAGAGGAAGAGAAUCAAGAGUUGUGAAAUUGUGAAGAAAAUCAAAGUUAAAGAACAGAGAUGUUUUUUUUUUCCUGGGUACAGAUUGUUGAGAUUGGCACUGCUUUAACUAGUGUGGGAGCUUAGAGAAGAGCAGUUGUUGUGCUGUGUGACCGUAGGUUUGGUGGUUUCAAGGCAGGCUGUGGGAAUCCCAAAUAUGAAAGGUGGUAGUGAUUGCCAGUGGGAGAGAAAAAGGGAUUUCAAGAUUCUCCAGAUGUUCCAUUGUGUGGUUUGCCAAUAGGAAUUUUGGAUUGAUUUUUUUUUUUUUUUUCAGUUUUUUGUUGUUGUUUUUACUUGCCUGAAAUUUUUUGAUGAGAAUCAUAGCUUGACAUGAAGUGCAUACGCCACUUGUAUUCCCCCUUCCAAAUACUAAGGAUGAAGCUACUGUGUAGGUUGUCACUGAAAUGGUCUUAAAAGGGCCGAAGUUUAGGGCUGCUUUCAAAAUCCAAAACUCUGUAACACAUAAACACACACAUAGACAAACACACACAAAUGUACUGAUAUGUGAGGAGACUAAAAUUAUGCUCGGGUGCGUAUGUACGAGGAUCAUA